AUGGAGAAAUUUCACCACCUUUCCCCACUUGGACUUGUGCUGUUAUGCUUUCUUUCAGCUUCCUUCGCCAUGUUCCCGACCAAUAUUACCACUGAUCAGUCAUCUCUUCUUGCCUUGAGAGCUCACAUUUCAGUUGACCCCCAACAAAUCUUGGCCAAAAACUGGUCUGUUAGCUCUUCAGUGUGUGAUUGGAUUGGAGUAUCUUGUGGCUCUCGUCAUCGUAGAGUGACUGCCUUACACAUUUCAAACAUGGGUCUUAUGGGCAUCAUCCCUCCACAACUGGGAAAUCUCUCAUUUCUCGUCUCUCUUAACAUGAGUAUGAACAACUUCCAUGGAGAGCUGCCACAUGAGUUUGCUGGAUUGCGCCGAUUAAAACUAUUUAAUUUGAGCUUCAACAAUCUUGUAGGAGAGUUCCCCCAGUGGAUUGGUUCAUUUUCCCGACUUGGUCGCUUGUCCCUUAGAAACAAUAGUUUCACUGGUCUUAUCCCUUCUUCCAUCUCUAACCUGACAAAGCUGGAGGAGAUAAAUCUGUCGUUCAACCCUCUGCAAGGAAACAUUCCUACAGGGAUUUUCAAUAUUUCCUCGCUGCAAGCGAUUAUCCUAACGGGUAAUGGCCUACCUGGAGAUAUCCCAAGUGAUAUAUGUCACAAUCUUCGGGGACUAAGGUUCCUUGCCCUGUCACUAAAUAAGCUAAAUGGUCAAUUACCAUCAAGUUUGGGUCAAUGUUCAGAACUUCAGGCGCUUUCUUUAUCUCACAACGAAUUUAGAGGUUCCAUACCGAAAGAAAUUGGAGACCUGAAGAAGAUUGAGUUCCUAUAUUUGGGUCACACCUAUUUAGAAGGUGAAUUUCCAAAAGAAAUUGGUAAUUCAACUAUGAUGAAAAAACUAGAUACUCGAUAUGCCAAGUUAUCAGGUGUAAUACCACGGGAGAUUUGUAACUUGUACUUUCUUGAACAACUCACCUUGCAAGUCAAUAGUUUAAGUGGUUCCAUACCAACAGAGAUCUUCAACCUCUCAAAGUUACUUAUUGUGUCUCUUUUGGGAAAUCAACUUUCAGGCAAUCUUCCAUCAACAUUAUAUCACAGGCUUCCCAAUUUAGAAGAGCUUUACCUCGACCUUAAUUACUUUUAUGGAGUAUUACCUAACUCAAUCUCAAAUUCUUCUAAACUUCAUAGAGUAGGCUUUUCUUAUAACAAUUUCACGGGUCCAAUUCCCACUUCCAUGGGAGAUCUGAGGUUCCUUCAAGUGCUGGAUGUAAGCAACAACCUAUUAGUGAGUGACUCCUCAUCUCCAGAGUUGAGCUUCAUCACUUCAUGGACAAAUUGCAAAAAUUUGACAUACUUACUAUUGAGUAACAAUCCACUAAAUACGAUCCUUCCACAUUCGGUUAGUAACCUUUCAACUUCCCUCGAGAGGUUAACUGCAGCAGAUUGUAAAAUCGAGGGCCGAAUUCCAGAUGGAAUUGGAAACUUGAGUAGUUUGAUCCAGUUAGAUCUAUCCAACAAUGAGUUAACUGGGUCAUUGCCAGCUAGGAUAAUAGAUUUGCAAGAGCUUCAACUGAUUGAUCUUAGUAUGAACGGACUAAGCAACGUCCUCUUAUAUUUUCUUUGUGCUUUGCACAACUUGAAUACAAUAAAUCUUGGACAAAAUCAAAUUACGGGCUCAAUUCCAAGGUGCUUGGGAAAUCUUACUUCCCUAAGGUAUCUUAACCUAAGUUAUAAUGGACUAAAUUCGACCUCUCCUGAAGAAAUAUGGAACCUAAAAGAUCUCUUGGAGCUUGACCUCUCCUCAAAUUUGCUGAGUGGAUCUCUGCCGCAAGCAAUUAUGAACAUGAAGAUGGCAAAUCGGAUAGAUUUGUCAACCAAUCAGCUCUCAGGUGGCAUUCCUGACUCAAUUGGAGAUAUGCCGAACCUGCAAAAUCUUUCUUUAGCACACAACAAAUUGCAAGGAUCAAUCCCAAAGUCGAUUGGUAAGAUGUUAAGCUUGGAAUCAUUGGAUCUAUCACAUAACUUUCUCUCUGGAUCAAUUCCAAUGUCAAUGGAGAACCUUCGGUAUCUUAAAUAUAUCAAUGUCUCUUUUAACAAUUUAAGUGGUGAAGUUCCUUCCAGAGGGCCUUUUAUGAGCUUCACUGCCCAAUCGUUCACUUCAAAUCAAGGACUCUGUGGAGCUCAAAGGUUUCAUGUGCCUCCAUGCCCAAAUAUUUCAGCUCACAGAUCGAGAACAAAAAAAGUGCGUCGAAUGAUUUAUAUUCUACUAGGGGUGAUAAUAGCAAUGGGAGCCUUGUCCUUUGGAUUUGUUUACCUAAGAUAUCGAAGGAAAGAUAAACAUCCCAAUGGAGCCAAUUUAUCCUUAGUUGCAAUGCCAGAAAGAAUUUCAUAUUUUGAACUUCUACAAGCAACUAAUGGGUACAAUGAAAGCAAUUUGUUGGGGGCUGGAAGCUUUGGAUCUGUUUAUAGAGGCACUCUUGAUGAUGGAAGGGUCGUGGCUGUUAAAGUAUUUAAUUUACAAGUUGAAGGAGCAUUUAGGAGUUUUGAUGUAGAAUGUGAAGUGCUGCGCAAUCUUCGCCAUAGAAACCUCACAAGAGUCAUCAGCAGUUGCUCUAACCCUGAGUUUAAGGCAUUAGUUCUUGAGUUCAUGCCUAAUGGGAGUCUUGAGAAGUGGUUGUACUCGCACAACUAUUUUCUGGAUUUGAUGCAGAGAUUAGACAUAUUGAUUGAUGUGGCAUCUGCAUUGCAAUAUCUCCACUAUGAGUAUGCAACUCCAGUAAUUCACUGUGAUCUGAAACCGAGUAAUGUGCUGCUGGAUCAAGAAAUGGUUGCCCAUCUAAGUGAUUUUGGCCUUACAAAGUUUUUGGGCACAGAGAACAGCAUCACAUACACCGAAACACUAGCCACACUUGGCUAUCUCGCACAAGAGUAUGGGUUGGAAGGAUUGGUAUCAGCAAAAUGUGACAUCUACAGUUUUGGAAUUAUGAUAAUGGAAGUCUUCACAAGAACAAAUCCCAACAGUGAAAUAUUUGGUGAAAAAUUGAGCCUGAAGAGCUAG